GGCUACGCCAAGAGGGAACACUUAAGACGUAGGCAGUGGGUAAAACUGUCGUUGAAUUCGAUAAAGAACUAAGAGCUAGCUAGCUAUGGCUUUAUAUACACAGAAUAGGGGCUUCGAAGAAGCCUCGACACACGCUAAGUGUUCUAAGAUUAAAGUCUUAGAUCGGAGAUUACACUCGUAAAGAAAAUAAGGAGGCUGGUGCUUAAGCGAGGCGUAGCCGAAGCAUUAUGGGGUUCAACCCCUGACAUAGGCACCCUCUACGCUAACUAAGGCAAGCUAGCGGAGGCCGAGAAGAUGUUUAAUCGAGCGCUACAAGGCUACGAGCACGCUCUUGGUCCUAAGCUUCUGCCCUCAUAUUUACUAGCGUUAGACACUAAGUUUGCUUUUGGCGAUCUCUUCUCACAGACAGGGCGGAAAGACUUGGCGAAUGUAAUGUAUAGUCGGGCAUUAGCUGGAUACAUAACCGUUCAAGGACCUUCCUCGAAACGGUGUAAGCAACUUAAAGAUCGGCUUCAAGCGUUGCAAAUUGCGUUUGCUGAGUCGAAAGUAGGCCAAGAUGAGUUUACGGAGCCUAGAGCAGCAAAAUCGAGGCCUUUUAAACAGAAACUUCGCUAGCUAGGGAGGCGGACGUAUUAAUGUAAUUAGAGAAUAGAUCAAACAUCUCCU